CAGAAAGAACUUGACCGUCAAGUGACUGAAGAGUCGCACGCGGAGUGCCACCAUCGCUGUUCUUGCUGCAUCACUGCCAUCUCCUGCACAGUCAGCAUCCAAGAGUUCUCACUUGGUGAAGCAGGCGAGCCACAGUAGCAUUUGUACAGUUACUGCCGGAUCUGUCUGCAAACAGGAGCAAGAUACUGGGCUCAUACAUCAUGAUGAGGAUGCCUUGCAGGCGGACGUGGAGUCGGAUGAUUACCAAGCCUGGUGUGGUAUGACUGAAUCUUGAUAUCACGCUGUGAUGGAAGAAGAAGCUCAGCUUCAUGAGGCAACAUGCCACACACUUAGGGAGGCAGUUGAAGAAUUCGCAGAAGCAAUGCUAGCGCUCAUUGCAGCGAAGGAACUGGGGAUCAGCCGGAGGAGAGGUUUGCAAUUCUUAGAGGCAUACAUCGGUAAGCUUUACAAUUUUGAGGACGUUUCAAAUACCACUAAGCUUGAAACCAUCAUUUAUACUGCCUGUGGACAUUUGACUGGAGCUCAUGCAUUCUGUAUGACAUGCAAAAGUGUGGUUGUGAAGUGUUCAAUAUGGUCAGUCAUGCACUCUAUGUCACUCUGCAUGCUGAGAACUCAUCAUUAUUAGUCAUCUUCCUGUCCACACACU